AUGGCUGGCCCGGCUGGCCCUUGCCUUCGAUGGCCGAGCUUCAGGAAUUUUCGGGAUUUGAUCAAUGCCAUCCUCAUUUUUUACGCUUUAGCGUCCCUGUGGAGCACGUUCGCACAGGUGGCGCAGGUACAUCCAGGUGUUCCUGGCAAUGGAAAGCGCAUCAUCGAGGUGCCAAAGCCAAGGCUUUCCAACACGACACGCCGAAUGCACGAAUUCAAACAGGUUCCCGAGCUGCUCCUGAACUCCAGCCAAGUCCCACUUGAACAUGUCGAGGUCAUUUCUACCAGCCAAGCCCAGGAUGCUGAGACAUCUCAGCCAUCUCAGCCAUCUGCAGCUCCAUCUCCGUGGCAAUGGCAGUUGAAUCCUGAGAUCCGAAAACCAGAAGUGGUGCAGUUGAAUCCACGUCUUCUGGAUCGAUUCAUCGUCAUCCCCGAAUAUCGCCUGCUGUUUUGCUACAUGGAGAAGGUUGGAUGUCAGUCCUUCAACAUGCUGCUCAGAAACCUGCGCGCCGCGAAGAUGCGGAAAUCGCCAGCGAAGAAUGAUCCCAUCUGGUGGCAGAACACUCCACAAAAGCAUGGUUUCGAUCGAGCACAUCUUGAACGCAUCAUGAUGCUCGAUGGAUCAAAGUGGGGUGCAGGAUAA